AAGCCCUCACACUGACACCACAGUACUAAGGGAAAUGGGCGCAUGGCAUGGGGACGAAUAGGCAGGACGCCUUGAUUCCCGUAGAGAGUAGAUAAGCGCAUGGAAGCCGCGCCUUGUUCGUAAACCUGAGGUCCCUGACACUGAUAGCAGCAUGAUAACGCGACUGGCUUGAGCAUCUAUCAGCAGUCUUCUCCUAAUGCUGCUUCCAGGGUGAUAGAAGUGUAGUUUUGAGGCGCCUCAAAAUUAGACUCCUAUCACGCGAAUGGCUUGAGCAUCUAUCAGCAUAUUAUUCUCCUAUUGCUGCUUCCACUCAUGACACCGCUUCUCUCCGUGCUGCUAUGCGCUUUAAUCUCCUCCCUCUUCGUGCUCUCCCUUUACGUAUGGGACAUUCCCCGCCUCCUCCGUGGAGCUCCACCGGCCAAUCGCGACGAGCCACGUGUCGUGUGCCAGCGAAUCACGAGCGUGCUUGGCUCCUGCCUGGCGUCAGCUGCUAUUGUCGCGGCUGCCGCAAAAUCCGGCCUGUUGGUCGACAGCCAUGUGCCUCUACCCUCCAUUCCUCGAGUUCUCUCCCUUCAGCCUGAUUAUCUGCUCCCCUCCCUCGCAUUCCCUCUCCUCCUGGUGGUUCUCCUCUUCCUCGGCCCGCUCGCCCUCUCUGCUGCCAACUGGCUCCAAACCCUAGCGGCGGACAGGCAUCAGCAUCACCAUAAGCAUCAGGAUUACAGGGCUCUAUCAGGUGCUGAUGGUGCUGGGGUCGUGGAUGCGGAUGGUGCUGCGAGUGUGUCCAAGCCUCUCUUGCUGCCGUUACAACCAUACGACCUGCUGCUGCACGCCCGCAACCUGCUGGUGGCGCCUCUCAGCGAGGAGUUUGUUUUCCGGGCAGCCCUCUGCCCACUUCUGCUUGCGGGCGGCUUCUCGGUCACCUCCUUGGUUUUCAUCUGCCCGCUUUUUUUCAGCCUAGCGCACGUGCAUCACCUCUGGAAUCUGGUUCACUACCAUCGCUGCUCCCUUCCGUUUGUUUCCAAAUGGCCUUCACGUGGGUGUUUGGCUGCCUCGCUGCUUUCAUUAUUCUGAGAUCAGGGAGCGUGUGGGCAGCGGUGGCAGCACAUGCUUUCUGCAACGCUAUGGGGGUGCCGGACUUCCAAGCAGCAGUCGCACACAGACACAGGCACUUGAUAUGCGCAACAUUUGUUGGGGGGGUUAUCUUGUUCUUUACGAUGGUCAACACACUAACAGACCCAUCGCUCUUCAACAGACCAGUUGCAUCUUGCCAUGUCAGCCUAGGAUUCUGCAAAUGGCACUAAGAGCGAGAUCCUACGGGCCUCUUAUCAGACUCCCCUUAUCAGUCUCUACACUACACCGCAUUGAACCAACUCGCGUCAAACUUGCACUGCACAGCGACGUGCGAGUCUGACAAGAGGCCUGUAGGACCUAUGGCCUCUUCCCAGACUUGUGCGCUACAGUGCAAUGCAAUUUUGGUGCCUGCGGUUCUGCGUGGUGCGAUGCGGGGUUAGUCUCUCUCGGCAUUGCCAGAGGAUUCCGGGGAGAGGGGCGAGUCUGGGAAGAGGCUUGCUUGGGGAGGAGGCCUUAGAAAGGUGCUCUAAACUCCCAUUAAGAAGAAGUCGUAUUUUAACGAUAGGUAGGUAUGCAUGUGUUGUUCCAUAAUCUUGGGUCCAAAAGCUGCUGCUGAGGCAAAACACAAUGGGGCCCAGCAAACAGCAACCUACGCUCUAACGGC